UAAAGAGAGGGGAAGAGGGGAGAGGAAAAUAUUGAAGAGAAUUUGCAAGAGCUGUGAAUUUCUCUUUGAUUUUUGGUUUUUUGAGAGGGAUGGCUUCUUCUUCUUCUUUAGCCUUUGCUUGCUUGUUCAUGGUUUUGGCUUUUUCAUUCAUGGGCUUGGGCUCUGCUACUGUUUACAAGGUUGGUGACGCUGUGGGCUGGACUGUUGGCAAGAUUGAUUAUGGAACUUGGGUCUCUAAAAAAACUUUCCAUGUUGGUGAUACUCUCUUGUUCUCUUACAACAACUCAUACCACAACGUCGCCGUAGUCGGUUCCAAGUCAGACUUCGACGGAUGCCAAGUCAAGCCGGUCACCACCUACACCACGCGGCAUACGACUCCAUCGUCCUCAAACCCCCGCGACCACUUCUACCUCUGGCGGCUGUCGCCCGGCCACUGCCUAAAAUCAAGGUCACCGCCCUCCCGAGCAAAUCCCCCUCCUCUGCUGCCCCUUCCCCUUCACCUUCCCAAUCCCCUGCCACAUCCUCAGCCCCAGCUGCUGCUCCAACCAGCAGCGCCAGCGCAGGCACCACGAGCCCGUCGGAGGCUCCAUCUUCAGCUGGUUCCUCUGCUUCGGCUGGUCCGGCUUCGGCGCCGAAUUCGAACAAUGCUGCUGUGGUUUGUAAGGGGUUGGGGUUGGUACUGUCUGUUAUCGUUUGGUCUAUGGUUAUGUAGGUGAUGUUAUAGAGUAUGGUAUAGGUUGAUGAUGAUUGAGGUUUAUUUUUAUUUGGGUUAGUUUUCUUUAUGAUAUGGUUUUGUACUUAUUGUAUGGGCAUGGUUUGAUUAUGUGAUGAUUUUUAGACAUGAUAUUUGAGUUAGCGAUUUACUUGGAAUUUGUCAUGUGAGUAAGAUUUAAUACUGUUUUUUA